AUGACGACGAGCGGUGCGUCGAAGUCGUUCGCGUCGUCGUCGUCGCGAUUCUUUUUGAAGUCUCGGACUUUGAGUAGCAGUAAAAGGAGGAGUAGUUUUAGGAGGAGGUAUAGGAAAACGAGCGGCCAGAUUGAAUGCUCGACGAAGAAAACAUUCACCAGUUUCCAAGAACUCAUCGACGAGUCGGAAAUACCAGUCCUCGUGGAUUUCUACGCCACGUGGUGCGGGCCGUGCAAACUCGCCUCGGAAAUGUGCGGCAAAUUCGCGAGUCAAACGGAGUUUAAAGAUAAGGUGAAGUUCGUGAAAAUCGAUACGGAGAAAUACGUGGAGCUGAGCUCGAAGUGGAAAGUGGAAGGGUUGCCGACCUUUGUGUUGUUUCACAAAGGGAAAGUGCUGGACAGGAUCGAAGGAUUGCCGACGGAACAGCAGAUGAAAGAUCGACUGCUGUACUUUUUACAACAAGUGUAG